AUGAAGUGGAUUCCAUUAGAGCUAGAUCGAUCAAGAGAGAUAAGUGAACAGGUCGAUACUGUGAUCAACACAUACACAACCCUUCAGCGGCAGUUGACACAGCGGAGGGCAUCUAACCCGCCCCAAGUUGAAAAGGCACUUGCUGUUCUUCGGCGUUCCUUUGCAGAUCGUAUGGAAGAGAUGGCAAUAUUUUAUCAGCAGAAUGAUCUUGAUCCUCGAAGUGGUGAGAUAGAAGCGGGACGGCUUAAGAUAAAGCGAUUUUUACACUCCCUAGAGACAUCUGAUGUAUCGAGAGAAGUAGAAGAAAAUGCUUCUGCAAUUUUACACUCUAGUGACAAGAAGAAGAAUGUUGACGUGUACAAUACCGGGAUUGAAACUAUACGACGAAAUUUAUUAGAAAGAGAGAAAACCAAUAAUGAAACCACAGUAACCAUACGAGUUAUUCUCACAGAGGCAGAGUACAAUGAAAUCCUUGCCCGGCGUGAAGCUAUUCGCCAAUUAAAACUUAACACCGUACUGUACAAUCAUUGA